CCUAUAAAUACCAUCAUGAUCACCAGUCUUUCUAUAUCUCCUCACAAAUUGAAACGUCUCAUCCCUCCUUCUCUUUCUCGCUUUUUCUUUAUGUUGUGUUUGCAGCUCUCAAGAGAAAUGGAUAAGUUACAAAGCAUCUUCACGUUGUGCUUCGUGCUAAUGCUUGUUUUGCUAGAAGAAAACCAGGCAUUUAGCACACCAAUCUCAGUUUCUCAGCCGCAAGGACAAGGCAACCAUGCAAUGUAUGGAGCCACCCAAGGCAGCCUUCGUCCACAGGAGUGUGGGCCACGGUGUACUACAAGAUGCUCAGCGACGGCAUACAAGAAACCAUGCAUGUUCUUCUGUCAAAAGUGUUGUGCAAAGUGCCUGUGUGUUCCUCCAGGAACCUAUGGGAACAAACAGUAUUGCCCUUGCUACAACAACUGGAAGACCAAGAAAGGAGGACCCAAAUGCCCCUGAUCAAACCAACAAUCACUUUUUAUAAUUUCAUUUCAUUAAUUCUAAUGUAAUAAUUUGAUUCUUGCCUAAGCAUGUUUCAAUUUGGCUGGGCUUCUUGUUGUCGCCAAUUUUUAAUUUGUAUGCUUGAAGUUGAAUUGUUGGGCCUAUGUUGAAUACAGUUAGCCUAUGUGAAUGACUAUAAAUAGAAAUCUAUUAUCCUCA